AUGCCAUGGAUUUUGGCCCAAAAGGACACGUCAUUGACUCGCCAUGGCGAUUGUCUCAUACUCUGCACCUACAACGCCAGGACAGUCUUCACCAACGCCGAUUUUCACGCCCUUCUCGAAGCUGCAGGGCGCAUCAACUACCAUGAAAUCGCCUUGCAGGUAACAAAGUCCAGGAAGGCGGACGUGAGGCAGUUGAGUGAUGGCACACUCAUCAUCCGUUGGUGA